UGACCCUCUGCCAGGUGAACAGUAUUGCCUCCAAUCAGCAGCAGAGUAGCAGCAGAGCUAGAAAGUGGAGCUUCCAGGCAGCAGUGAGGAGUCAAGGCUGAUGAUUUUACUGCACCUAACUCCCAGCUCUGUUUGGAGGGUCAUCAAUAAAAAAGGUGCAGCAUGUCCGUCAUGUUAAGCAGUUCAGCUCUGCUUUCAAGACUCUUUGUCUCGGUGCUGAUCCAUGCAGCUGCCAUGUCGUUUAUCACAACCUCACAGGCUGCACGAGCAGCUAGUUCCACUCAACUCUUAAGCCAUGAUGAAGUGGAGCACAGUGUGGCGAGGCAUUUGAACCGCCCCAACGGCCUUUAUCGUUUCCUGCCGACUGGUCUGCCGUCCCCAAAAAAUGGAAUUCAGGCUGGAAGUAGGAGUGAAACUGGCGCCGAAGGGACUCACGCAGACAAGCUGUUGACCUUCAAGCAUCAGCCACAUCUAGUCCAGUAUGCUCAGUCCAGUGGCUACGGUCCUUACAGCAAAAAUGUCAGGGAUAAAGGACAGCAAGAAGUCAGGACGACCCAAACGAGGACAAGUGGAAUGAGGUCCGCAAGCAGCGGUUUCACUAGUCGCUCUCUGCUCGGAGGACAAAGCUUUGAGAGGGCAAAAGAGGAGGAUCAAAUGCUUCCUCCUGCAAAAACCCACACUAGAAACCCCAACAGUUCAUACUUUGUGGUCAAAAGAGUGUCCCUUCUCAACAAAACUCUAAGUUUUCCUCAAACUGGGAAAUACAAACCAAGCAAAGACGGAGGCCUCAAAAGUGACACUUCAAAUGUGAAUGAGGGUCCUUCCUUUCACCCUCUUCUUUCCCCACCUCCCACUCAUGAGGCCAGGAGGGCUCUGCCGUUACCCACUAGAAUGCAAUACAAAGGCUACAAGGACACCAAUGAGCUUCCUAUGGGUGAAGCGCCAGGCUUCCUUAAUCCUGGCGCCCCUUUGCCCAGAAAUCCCCUGGAGAUUAGACAAAGGCCAAGCCCAGAAAAACCAUCGUCCGUCCCAAAUUUCUCAAAGACGCUUGACCCGAUGGGUAGCAGACGGAUAAAAGGACACAAGAAAAUCAUCUUGUAUCCUUCUAAGGAUUCCCGACUGAAAGAAGGAGAGGGUGGACAGAUCAAUGCGCCAAACCAAAGGUCUUUUGCUGCACCUUGGUACGGCAGGCUAAACCCCAACCUCGAACAUCCAGACAGGAUGGAUCUGUCCAACCGACAAAGUUCUACAGAACAUUACACCCCCUUCAAUGUCCCUGCACAGUCUCCUUCCCAAACCUCUUGGGCGCAAAACUUUGUCCCUCUGCGCCACAUAGGCACCCAAACUAAUCAUCCUACAGCGCCCCGGUUGAACUCAACAGAGUCAACCCAAGACUACAAACCAGGACCUAAACGCUUCCCACGCAUCCAAGGAUUUGGAAAUCCUCUGAGGCAACCUGGGAAAGAGCCAGCGGGUCCCACAAGAAGAAACUCUCAGAUGUUCAGCCUCCCUGCUUUCAAAACUAAACCCUUACUGCUGCAGAAGUACAGCUUUGGACCGCCCCCCAUAACGCCAUCAAAACCAGAGCAAGUGGCUGGCUCCUCGCUUUCACCAGGUGAGCUCAGUGUCACAAAUCUCACUUCAGGGUCAAUUGCAGCAGGCUUUAAGAACUGGCCCUCAAAAAGUAAAGCAAGUUUGGACAGAAAUCCAAACCAAGUCAGACUCUACAAGGGGAAAUUUGGUCUAGAAGGGUUUGGUACUCGGCCACUAGAGGGAGACAAAGCUCUGCUUAAAUCACCAGAGAUGAUCGCUCCUUACAGAUCAGGUUUGGAAGGUUUGAAACUCAGGAGUUUGGACUUCUGGCAGCCAAACAUCAUCAAAAUAAUUGGACGGUACAACCAAACAAGCAGCAGCAGCAAGAAGAACCAGAAUAAUAAAGUGAGGGGGGAUGACUUCACUUGGUCUCAUGAGACUGAAGGAAGCAACGGAUCACUCAUCAGUACAAACGAUGGGAAGGACAUCAGGCCUGCGAAAGCCUUCAACAGAACACACAAGAGGCUCGGGAUUCCGUUCUCUCAAAUCGCUUCCUCAGCCCACUUGAGGUCCGAGGAGCGCCUCAAAACACCAGGAGCGGAUGACGGAAACAGGCCGCUUAGAACCUUCACCAGCAGCACAGCGAGGGGCAGACCUGUCCGGACGAGGCACAACAAAAAAAUCAACGGCUCGACUUUUAUAAAGAUCCACAAGAACUCCCCCAUUUACAGGCUGCCAAAACCUCCCCAGAAGGUCAAAGCUGUCACAUACACUGACAUUCCUGGGAGUGCUUCGUUCAGCAGCAUCAGAGCGACCGGUGUGACCGUCCCAAGUCUGAACAACACGCAACUUAGCAACGCAACAGAGCAAACGGUGCUGACUGGCGAGAGCAGGGAUGGACGCCUUGAAGCAAAAGCUGAAAACAAGACGAAGGAUUUGCAAGUGGUCGCAGAAACAAACUUUGAUGACGAAGCCGAUGACCUAAAGAUGCCAGAGUUAUUUCUGCGCAGCGACGGAAACAAAGUGUUUAACGUGUCUGAGGUUUUGUCUGCUGUGGAACGACAUCAGAACGCGCGGGAAAACUUGCUGGAAUUAGAUUACCUCCGGACAUCCACUGGGAACAUCUUCUUCAAAUCCCUGAAACAACCCAGUCUGGGUAAGCAGUGAAGAUACUGAGUGCAAUAAAAGCUGGAAAAGUUGGAGCGUA